AUGUAUCUCCGCAGGGCUGUUGGGAAGACUCUGACUUUGCCCCUGAGGACUGCUCCUUCCAGCCCCCCUCUGCUGUGGAAGCAUGCAUCCCUUCGAGAGAUGUCAUCUAAGAAAGCCCCUGGAUCAGGUGGAUCGAAUAUGAUAUACUAUCUGUUUGUUGGUGUCACUUUUAGUGCUGGUGGAUAUUAUGCUUACCGGACAGUCACAUCAGACCAGGCUCGGUACACAGAGCGGAUCAAUAACAUGCAAAUGAAAAGUGCCAUGAGAGACUCGCCGCCGGAGAUGCUACAACCUCCAGAUGAGGAAGUGAAGCCAAUGGAAACCAAUGAAGCCUGUUCAGAAGCCCCUACUGAUGCUUCUCCUUUGGAGGUUGGCUUGGCAACAGUUGAAGAAAACAUAGAUUUGGAAGAUGCAGCUCUGGAGGAGACUCCAGCAGUCAGUGUUGAAGUUGGUCCAGAGGAGACUCCAGCAAUCAGUGGAGAAGCUGGUCCACAGGAGACUCCAGCAAUCAGUGGAGAAGCUGGUCCAGAGGAGACUCCAGCAAUCAGCGCUGAAGCUGGUCCAGAGGAGGCUCCAGCAAGCAGUGUUGAAGCUGGUCCAGAGGAGGCUCCAGCAGGCAGUGUUGAAGCUGGUCCAGAGGAGGCUCCAGCAGGCAGUGUUGAAGUUGGUCCAGAGGAGACUCCUGAAGUCAGUGUUGAAGCUGGUCCAGAAGAGACUCCUGAAGUCAGUGUCAAAACUGAUCCAGAGAUCAGUGAAGCUGCUAUAGUCAGUGCUGAAUCAGAGCCAGAGGUCACAGAUGCAGCUAUGCUAGAGGCAGCUGAGGUCAGUGAUAAAGCUCCUGAGGCUGAAGAAGCCUUAGCUGCAGAUACCGAAAUGGAGGAAGAAAAGAAAUCUCCCCCUGAAGCUGAAAUCUGUGCAGAGGCUGAGUUAUAG